CAAUUUUAAUCUUUAUAUUUUAUACUACUAUAAUCUUUACUAGCAUAAAGAUUGUGGUAGACUCCGGCGUUGUUCGUGUGUCAAAGUUGGAGACCGGACGCUUGAACGGUUACGUUUGCACUUUCAACGCUCUUCCUACGACUUCUUCGUUUUUACCGCUUACGGAGAAAGCCCACCAUUUUGACACCCUCACCCUCCACGAUCCAAAUUGGUACAUGGACACUGGUGCCACCCACCAUAUCGCCUCGGACCCAGUUUGGCGGCCAGCUAUGGUGGUAAGAUUCAAAUAAGGCGAAUGAGGGCUUAUUUAGUUCUACGUUUACCAUGAGAAGGAUGCCAAACGCAUUCUCGAUGAAGGACCUUGGUCAUUUGAGAACAAUAUGCUUCUGUGUCGCCUUGUUGAGCCUGGAGAAACGGUCACAGCUGCAGAUUUACAGUGGCUAGAGCUCUGGGUUCAAGUGCAUGACCUUCCUCCAGGGUAUACCUCCCCAGCAGUUCUUGAGGAAGUGGGUAAGUUUUUGGGUCAAUUUUGUAAGAUUGAUGUAGCCAAUACUUUUAAAGCUUUCCAAGGAUUCUUUCGGGUGCGUGUGGCCAUUGAUGUUUGUAAACCGUUGAAACAAAAGAUGAAGCUAACGAAGAGGGAUGGCUCUGUAGUGUGGGUUCUCUUCAAAUAUGAGAGGAUUACUGUUUUCUGUUACUACAGUUGCAUCCUUGGGCAUUUGGCGAAGCACUGUCGUGCAGCACUUCUUUCCUCUUUGGCCCUAGAGAGCUACCCUUAUGAUGAGUCACUCAAGGCAGAGGGAAAGAAGGCUCUCUUAUCGAUUGGAGAGUAAUGGAUCAAGCGUGUAGACCCUGUUAACGUGGGGCAGUUGGCAAAACUAUAGUCGGUUGGUGAAAGCUCUGGGACUGAAGAUGACAUAUCCCUUGGGUUGGCAACUAAACGUAAAAGGGGGAACGAGGUGGGAUUUAAUGUUGUUUCCAAUGAAACCUUGAUGGAUGAUAGUUAAAAAAACUUGUUUGGGGCG